CUAAAAAUUCACGUCUGUCUGGCGGUGUCCUAGCAGCACUUUGCUGAGGUCCGGGCGAGAGAAAAAAAAACAAAAUUCAGCCGUUUUUGCGACUCUUGAACGGACCCCAGUCCUUCAUAGCUGUUUGGGCUAGCUAGUUAAUCCUUAAGUUACCAGCAGCUACGGCGCACAAGACUGUGACUUUAACGGGCAGCGGCGACUCAGCGCGCUAGCUAGUGAGGGGGGAAAAAAACCCCUAACAUCCACAACAUCCAUUGAUGUUAACGUCCAUCAUUGUGUGCGGAGCGUUUUUCGGACACCGCUGGCGUUGUUAAUUGCUGGGUUUCUGUCUAGCAAAAGGAUGUACGGGAUGUCGGGAUGACAGGAAGAUGGCAAACGGGGUUGGAAAACACAAGCUGCUUGUCAUUGGACCAACAGAGCCAUGGUCAGUGAGGGAGAAGCUGUGUUUGGCCACAUCUGUCAUGAAGAGUGGAGACCAGAACUGGGUGUCUGUCAGCCGAGCCAUCAAACCGUUUGCAGAACCUGGACGACCACCUGACUGGUUCUCUCAAAAGCACUGUGCCUCCAAAUACUCCGAGCUCCUGGAAACAACGGAGGCCCCAAAGCGGAAACGUGGCGAGAAAGGUGAAGUGGUGGAGACGGUGGAGGAUGUGAUAGUGCGCAGGCUGACGUCUGAGAGGAUCGAUGAACUGAAGAAGCUGAUCAAAGAAACGCAGGAGAAGCACAGGAAGCUAAAGAGAGAGGCUGAGCUGAUCCAAGCAGGACACCUGGAUUCCAAACUGGAAGAUCUGUGGCAAGAAAUUCGGCAGAAGAAGAAACUAGAGGAGGAGGAAGCGGAGUUAAAAAGAAAAAACACAGAUGCUGCUUAUCAGGCCAGACAGGUGGCAAAGACCACUCCUAAGCGGAUGCCCAGCGUCACCAUGCAUUCGCCCUCCGGCUGCAGCUCCCCGAGCCAGGAGUUCUCACCAGGCGACCCACUCGAGUGCUUGACACUGGAUCUGACAGCCACAAAAAACGCUUCAGGAGCAGCUAGGUUGUUGACAUUUACCGAGUCUUCUGGACCUGGUACCGAUGACAUCAGCCACGGGUCGCUUCUGGACGACCCCACUCAGAAGAAGCUCCUGGGCCAGAAAGCCACACCACCACCAUCUCCACUGCUGUCUGAGUUACUGAAAAAAGGCAGCAUCUUGGCAGCGAAUUCCAGACUGAUUGGGGAUGGUGACCUGUCCACUGGCACUAUAACAGGAGCACAUGACUUGCAGCUGGCUCCACCUAGUCAACCUCACUCUCAGGCAACAGGCGCCCCGAUGUUGUCCCGUCUCCUGGAGGCCGGUCCCACCCAGUUUUCUCCUCCGUUAGGUUUUAUGGUCAAUUCUGACUCUGCCUCCAGUGUCCCUCUCUCAGCUGCCACUCCUGUUCCUGUAAACUCUACCGACACAACAAGCACAGAGGUGGAUGUGAUGGUGCCAUCCGUACCUCCUGGGUGCCAUCCGGUCUCUGCAGAGGAUAAGGUGUCAGAGCUCAGUGAGGAGGAUGUUACUGUGUCGUAUAUGGGAGAUGAGCUGGACCUGAAGACAGUGGGGGACAUUAUCGCCAUCAUUGAAGACAAGGCAGAUGAGGCUGCAGAGGCUUUGGAUGCAGCUGCAGUUGAAGCUGCUCUGUCCCUUUGUGAGGAGAAUGGCCAUACUCUGUCUGGUGCCUGGGAUGCCGGGCCUUUCCGGCCCCAUGAAUCUCACCCCACAGUGCCCACAGGGGCUCCACAGUCCUCAUCUCUUCACCGUAGCCUGGAGGGGAGGACAGAAGCUUCACUCUCCUCUCUGUGCAACAGUCAAGAUAACCAUCUUGCAGCAUUUCCAAUGGGACUGAGGAGCCUUCCUCCCACUUCCUCAUCCUCAUGCAACUCAAAGAGUUUGGAGCACUGCCACAGUGGAGCACCUCCACAGUCUGAGGCAAUGAGAGAGACUGGAGAGGUGGUGCACCCGAAAAACCAAAUUUCAUUGGAUGUUACCAUAAAAUGUGAAAAUGAGAAGUGGGCACAGCAAAGACCUGAAAAAACCCACAGAGACUCAGUAUUAGAAGAUAGCCCACUGACAGAAAGGCAUCCCAAGGAGACGAAGGUGAAGGAUGGAAUAAGUGUUGGGGGAAGAGAGAAUGCCUCGGGGACUAAAGUAGAAAAUGAGGUCAACGGGCCAGAAUUAUGUGGAGAAGACGAGGGCGAUGGGGUGGAGGAAUUCUUUUCAGAGCCAGACGGAGAGACGGAGCUAGAGCCUGCGGCCAGCGAGAGCGAGGACGGGUACAGCCUUCACACGGCUUCCUCGUCUCUGCAGCUCCACACAACCGCAGACUCCAUCCCCAGCAGCCCUGCUUCAUCGCAGUUCUCUGUGUGCAGUGAGGACCUGGAGGCUCUGCAGGCUCACAAGAUUUGGAAGAAAGCCAUUAUGCUAGUGUGGCGUGCAGCAGCCAAUCACAGGUAUGCAAAUGUCUUCCUUCAGCCCGUAACAGAUGAAAUUGCACCUGGAUACCACAGUAUUGUGCACAGGCCCAUGGACCUGGCCACCAUAAAAAAGAACAUUGAGACGGGUUUGAUACGGACCACCGCCGAGUUCCAGAGGGACAUCAUGCUGAUGUUUCAGAAUGCCGUCAUGUACAACAGCCUGGAUCAUGACGUGUACCACAUGGCUGUGGAGAUGCAGCGUGAUGUCCUGGAGCAGAUCCAGCAGUUUCUAGCUACCCAGCUCAUCAUGGAGACAGCAGAAUCUGGUAUCAGCGCCAAGAGCCUGAGGGGCCGUGAGAGCACGCGCAAACAGGACUCUACUGACAAGGACACUGUCUCCAUGUCCUCUCCUGCCUUCCUCCUUUCUCUUUUUGAUGGAGGCACCAGAGGGCGCCGUAGUGCCAUAGAAGCCGACCUCAAGAUGAAGAAGUGAAAAACGCAGUGUGAAGAUCUUGUCCAGCGGUGUCCCUGAGAUGAAGUGAAAAGACUGAGCUUAUUGUCUCUCAGUUGCACAGAUACUUACUCUGCAUAAUGUGCGGCGUAACCUUUUACUUGCACUCUAGAUUAAAUGGGUAGACUGUAAGGUGGAGAGGCUCAUUUCUUCCGAGACAGCCAUACAGACAUGGAUUACAUACCGUAUAAUCCCAGAUUACAAUGGGGCAUUCUGGAAGACUAGGUCAACCCUUUCAUAGAUGUAACCUCAGAUCACUUAGACUUAAUCUGCUCUGAAGUUUCAUCAGGUCAUAUAAAUGAAGAUAAAAGUUACUCCAAGCCUACAAAACUGAGUUUAUUGGGCUUCUGGUUGGACUCCUUAGCAGUGUGGUUGAUUU